UUUUAUCUUUUUCUAUCUUUAAUCUUUUAUUACUUUACUCUGUUGUUGAUCUGUGCUUUCGUAUUUCUUUUUAAGGCACAAAAUAGAAAGGUGAAAGUGGAAAGACACUGUUCGGUUGGACCUCGAAUCGAACUCUACAGUGAUCAAUCUCCUUUGCCCAACUUCAUACAUUUCCCUCUGUAUAUGUAUUACCAUAAUACUCCAUAGAUGGGAAGCGUUGCAGUGGCUGAAAAAGAGCACCGAGUGUUCGAUGUGGAAGAGACUAUAUUUGUUGCGGUGGGAAAGCGUGUUCAGCAGAGCGAGAGGGCGUUGUUAUGGGCGCUCCAUAACUUUUCAGGGAUGAAGAUUUGCUUGCUUCAUGUUCACACACCUUCACGUCUGUUUUCAAUGAUAGAAGGAAGUACUCCUGCCAACAAACUGAAGCAGUAUAUGGUUAAAGCAUAUCAGCAUCUUGAAAAGAAAAAUUUAAGAGAACUUCUAGACAACUACCUACUUAUGCUUUCACGAAGAGGGGCGCAGGCAUAUGAAGUAUGGAUUGAGGCGGAUAAUGUUGAGAAAGGGAUUGUAGAAAUCAUUGCUCAGCAUGAUGUUAGAUGGCUUAUCAUGGGAGCUGCUGCCGAUGAAUAUUAUAAUGAGACACUGGCAGACCUAAAGUCCGAGAAAGCAUUUUUUGUAAGCCAGCAAGCAUCAAGGUCUUGUCAUAUAUGGUUUAUUUGCAAGGGUCACCUCAUAUAUACCAGGAGCCACAGUCAAGAAACAUCUGAAAGAGAAGCUGUUUUUCCAUUGCCUCUAAUGCAUUCUCCUUCUGAAAUCAGUCAAUCCCAGGAAAUAAAAUCGGAGUACCCUCAUAAGCUGAGCAAUCUAGAUUUUUGGGAUGAUACCAAUGAGUUGGAUGAAAUAUCAAAUAAUUUGUUUAAGCAUUGUUCAGUAGAUUCAAGUUUGUCCUCCGACAAAGAGUUUGAUAAUUCAAAGUUAAACCCGUUGUUGGCAGAUGAGGAGCUGAAUGUGGAAGAACAAGAAGGUAAAGAAAGCUGUUUUAGUCACGAACAAGCCAUUACGGGUACUGAAGAACAGAAGUGGAAUGAUUUUGAAGAAGCUGUAAAGCGAUGGAAAGAUGACGAAGAUAUUGUGGAGGCUAAAUGCAAGGCGAAGGCAUUUCAAAAGUUAUAUAUAAAGGAGAUUAGCCAAAUAAAAGAGAGUGAAGAAACACUAGCAAGAGUAAAACAAGAACUGGAAAGGAUGAAAGAUGAGCGUGAUGAGUUCAUCAAAGAACUUCAGAUGGUUCAGAAGGAGAAUCUAGUGCUAGAGAGCGAAUUAGCAAAGUCAGAAGAUGAUAUUAAGGAAUUGGAAGAGAAGAUUCUCUCAGCUGUUGAACUUUUGAUAAGUUUUAGAGACAAGCGGGAUAGAUUACGAGUAGAACAUGGGAGUGCUGUAAGAGAAGUCGCAUGGCUAAGAAGAUUGAUGAAAGGGGAAACUUCAAGCUUUUGCAAGCCACAACUCCCAAUUUUCUCUUUUCUUGAGAUUAAUGAGGCAACUAAUAAUUUUGAUCCGUCCUGGAAAAUUUCUGAAGGAAGUUAUGGAACUGUCUACAAAGGGAUUCUUCGCCAAAUGCAUGUUGCCAUAAAGAUGUUGCCCUCCUAUGGCUCUAAGAGUCAGUCAGAUUUCCAACACGAGGUGGAGAUUAUAAGCAGGGUACGACAUCCAAACGUGGAAACGUUAAUUGGAAUGUGUCCAGAAUCUAGGUCCAUAGUGUAUGAGUACUUCAAAAAUGGCAGCCUUGAAGACUGCCUCAGCCGGAAAGACAAAACCAUUCCCUGGCAAAUCCGUACGUGCAUUGCUACUGAAUUGUGUUCAGCCCUUAUCUUUCUUCACUCAAAUAAACCUAGCAUUAUACAUGGAAAUGUGAAACCUAGUAACAUUCUUCUAGAUGCCAACUACGUCAGCAAACUAGGGAACUUAGGUGUUGGCUUUCUUAUUCAAAAAAAUGAAGAUCUGACCAACUCAACCAAAGUAUCUAAUGAACUAGAUAAUGAGUCUGUAUACAUGGAUCCAGAGUACCUUGAGAGUGGAGAGCUUAGACCAGAAUCAGAUGUCUACUCUUUUGGUGUACUUCUUCUACGACUGUUAACUGCUCGGCCACCUGAUGGGCUUGUGAAGAAUGUUCAAUGUGCUGUGGACAAUAAUAACAUCAGUGCAGUGUUGGACAUUUCAGCUGGUGAUUGGCCACUUGAGCAAGCCAAACAGUUGGCUCAGUUGGCAUUGAGGUGUUGCCAGAAGAACUGGCUGGAUCGACCAGAUCUCGUGUCAGUAGGUUGGGGUGUUCUUGAGCCAAUGAGAACUUCAUGCCAUGUUUCAGGUUCAUCCUUAGUUUCUAAAAAACGUCAACGGAUUCCCUCCCAUUUCACGUGUCCCAUCCUUCAGGAAAUCAUGGAAGAUCCACAAAUAGCAGCAGAUGGUUUUACAUAUGAAGCAGAGGCAAUAAGAGGAUGGCUUCAUACUGGUCAUGAUACUUCUCCCAUGACAAACCUCAAACUUGACAACUUGAAUUUGGUUCCCAACUACGCACUUCAGAAUGCAAUUCAAGAAUGGCAGCUACAACAAUGAUAUUUCUUUUUUCUUUUUUUAUAUUAUUGGAAAUAAACUAUGAAUUUUGGCAUCAAUUCGACCACCCAUUUUAACUAACUGUCACACUAUGUAAAUUUGUAAUUUAUGUCCAUAUUAAAGUUACUUAUUUACCACUGGAAUGGAAACAUUAAUCUAAAUGGAAAUUCUUUUUAUGUCCAUAAA